AGUUCUAGAACCUUCUAGAGGGGGUUCCACUACUAGCUAGGGGCAGCUCGCGGCGCGCUGCGUGCGGUGUGGCUCCGGCCUUCGUCCUGCGACUCCACUCAGCCAGGUGAGUCGAGCACGGCGCGAUCUGGAGACUGGAAUUCUCACUACUCGCCCCGUCGGAAUUUGAAAUUUCGCCGCUCGUCUGACGCGGAUCUGACGACGCGGCGGCGGCGGGGGCACCAUUCGCCGCCUCGCCAUCCUCCUGCUCACCGCCGCCACCACCUCCGGGUCCACGAGCUCCGCCCCUCUCAGAAUGGUGCGGGAUCUCGCCGCGCCCCGCCGAACUCCGGCGAGGGCUGCUUCCGCCUCGGAGGCCGGGAACGACGAGAACGCGCCGGGCGACGGCUCGGAGGUGGCGGCCGUCGCCGCGGACCCCGGCACGGCCUCCCGGCCCCCGCUGCUCGCCAUCCAGCCGCCCGCGUCCGGCCUGAAGCGGAAGCCCGACUCGCCGGCGCCGACGCCCUCCAAGCUCCCGUUCCGGACCCCCGAGAUGACCGCCGCGCGGAGCCGGUUCGGGUGGGUCCCGCCCCGCGGCGAGGAGCCGCCGCCGCCGCGGGCGACCGCCUACAGCGCGAUGACCACACCCCGUGCGCAUCGCGGCAAGGCGCCCGUGCCGGCGGCCUCGGAGGGCGGGUCCACGCAGAGCACGCCGACCAAGAGCGUGACAAAGCCCGCGUACGGCAUUGGGGCAAGCGGGUCGAGGCCGCCCAUGAGCGGCGGCGGGCCCAGGGUGGCAGGGUUCGGGAUGGGUUUCUCGACGUCAGGGAGGGGAGCGCCGCUUUCACUUGGGCCAGCGACGGUGGUGAAUUCCGCAGAGGUGCCUCAUUUCGAGCUCCGGGAAGACCCCUCGUUCUGGAUGGACAACAAUGUGCAGGUUGUUAUCCGUGUGCGCCCUCUAAAUAAUAACGAGAAGAACCUACAUAGCUACAAUCGGUGCUUGAAACAAGAAAGUGCCCAGAGCAUCACAUGGAUUGGGCAUCCUGAAACUCGUUUUACUUUUGACCAUGUUGCUUGUGAAACAGUGGACCAGGAAGUGCUCUUUCGAGUUGCUGGUUUACCAAUGGUUGAGAACUGUAUGGCUGGAUACAACAGCUGUGUUUUUGCCUAUGGACAGACUGGAAGUGGAAAAACAUAUACAAUGCUUGGCGAAAUAACUGAUCUGGAAGUGAGGCCUAGUCCAGACCGAGGAAUGACACCACGCAUUUUUGAGUUCUUAUUUGCUAGAAUUAGAGCGGAAGAAGAGAGCAGGAGGGAUGAGAAGCUCAAGUACAGUUGCAAGUGUUCUUUCCUGGAGAUAUAUAAUGAGCAAAUUACAGAUCUUCUAGAUCCUUCUUCCUCUAAUCUCCAACUACGAGAAGAUAUAAGGAAGGAAGUCUACGUUGAAAAUUUGACUGAAUUCGAAGUUGGCUGUGUCAGUGACAUAAUAAAACUGCUAAUGCAGGGUUCUGCAAAUAGGAAAGUGGCUGCUACAAAUAUGAAUCGUGAGAGUAGCCGCUCCCACAGUGUUUUCACUUGUAUCAUUGAGAGUAGGUGGGAGAAAGAUUCGGCAUCUAAUUUACGGUAUGCAAGAUUAAAUCUUGUUGACCUUGCUGGAUCUGAAAGGCAGAGGACAUCUGGUGCAGAAGGUGAGCGGCUGAAGGAAGCUGCUAAUAUCAAUAAAUCGUUAUCAACACUUGGUCUUGUGAUAAUGAAUUUAGUUGAUCUUGCGCACGGGAAACAAAGGCAUGUUCCUUAUAGGGACUCAAGAUUGACAUUUCUUCUCCAGGAUUCACUUGGAGGAAACUCAAAAACUAUGAUAAUUGCAAAUGUCAGCCCUUCAGUAUGUUCUGCUAACGAAACACUUAGUACUCUAAAGUUUGCUCAGCGUGCAAGGCUCAUUCAGAACAAUGCGGUUGUGAAUGAAGAUGCUUCCGGAGAUGUGCUUGCUUUGCAACAUCAGAUACGUCUCCUAAAGGAAGAGCUUGCUGUCCUCAAGCGUCAACAUGUCACCAGAUCAUUAUCAUUCACUGCUGAUAUUUUUAGAGGUGAUGUUAAUGAUAGUAGUGUGUAUGACAAGAAUGAUAAUGAUGCCAAUAACAGAAGCUCUUUGAAAGAAUUACAAAUUCCAAAUAAGCAGUUGAAAUCACUGGAAGAAGCAUUAGCAGGAGCAUUACGGAGAGAAUCAGCUGCAGAAAACACUAUAAGGGAACUUGAACUUGAAAUUGAACAGUUGAAUGAAUUGGUUCGCCAGAGAGAGCAUGAUGCACGGUCUGCUAAGAUGAUGCUUAAGUUUCGAGAUGAGAAGAUUCAUAGGAUGGAUGCUCUUAUGAACAAAAAAUUGCCAGCAGAAUCAUAUCUCCUGGAAGAAAACAAAACCUUGUCACAAGAAAUUGACCUUCUCAAGGCAAGACUAGAUAAAAAUCCCGAAGUAACUCGCUUUGCGCUAGAAAAUAUUCGUCUCUCAAGCCAACUGAAGAGGUCCCAAGAGUUCUUCGCUGAAGGGGAGAGGGAGCUCUUACUGAAUGAAAUUGCUGAACUUCGAAAUCAGGUUUCACAGAUACUUGAAGCGAGGAUAGAAACUGAGCAACAAAAUAUCUUUCCUGCCAGAUCCAAGGACAGCCAGCAGAAUUGCAUUGGUCUUGAAAGUGAGUCUGAAAUUUUAAAUAUGAAUAUGGAGUUAAAAAGGACCAACCAAGAAUUAGAAGCAUGUAGGCGUGACCUGCAAGCUUGCUUAGAAUCAAACAGAAAACUAACAAGGGAAAUGGCUGAUCUUGAGAAAGAAUUAAAUGCUCUAAAAAUCUUAAAGGAGGAACAACCUAGAGUAUUUGAGAAUUCAUCUCCAUGGCACCAAUUUGAUUCUGAUACAUCUGCAAAGAUGGAAAACUGUUUUGAUGAGACUCUUAAAAGGAUGGAGGAGCUAUUAAAUCUGCAGCUGGAGUUGGAUGUAAUAAAAACAAUUCUUGUAGAAGAGAGAACAUCCCGUGCAGAAGUUGAGGAAAAAUCAGCUUGUUUAGGUGAUGAGCUGCAAUCAGCAAAUAUACGUAUCCUCCAAGCAUGUAAGCGGAAUGAGGCCUUGGAAAGGGAAUUGAAUGACUCAGGAUCUGUUAUUGAAGCUCUUGAAUCACAGCAGAUUAUGUUGAUAAAUGAAUUGAAUGAGCUGAAGAAUAAUAAUCAGCAAAGCAUAGAGCUUUUGGAGAAGAGGGAUAUGGAGAUCUCAAGGUUAAACAAUGAGCUUGACAUCCUCCAUAGACAGGAAUACCUGACGAAAGAGGAACCCAAAACACAACUUCUGAAGUGUUAUGAUAAUGAAGAUUCACCUUUGCAGACAAAGCUGAAAAGAGUGCAAGCUUCACUAGAGAAGGUACGAAACUUAAAUACAAUGUACCAAAGGGAUCAGGCAUCUCACUGUUCUGCUGAGAAAGAAAUGGAUGAAGUCCGCAGACAGGUGGAGGUUGAAACAGCUGCGGUGAUUGUGCGCUUAGAGGAAGAGCUGAUAUCAGUCCAACAGCAGCUAGAUGCAAGCAAUGAAAAAGAUCUGUUAGCAAAACAAAGCAUAGAUGAACUUCAGUUAGAGAUAAUGCAGUUGAAUGAUAAGUUACUUGAGGUGUUGAAAAAGAAUGAAAGCCUUUCUUCUGUGAUUGAGGACAAAGAAAAGGAAAUUGAACUGUUGACCAAUGACUGGAACAGGUUAGCUGCUAACAUUGAAAUUGACCUUGUGGAUGGAAAUGCAGCUCUAAGCGAAGCUUCUGAUGAGGUUGCCUCUAUCUCCAAGUCUUUUUUCAAAAGAAAAUGGGUUGAGGAACAAGUCCAGAAGAUGUGUCGUGGUAUAUCUGAAAGAGAUGAGUUACUUGAAGAGCUUCAGAACAGAUUGAAAGAGGCAGAUAAUAUAAAAUGUGAUUUAGACUUGAAGUUAAUGUCCUUAAGAGGAGCAAUGCAGGCUAUAAAUGAAGUACAUCAGCAGGAAAAAUGUGAUCAAGAAAAAGAAAUGUAUAUUUUAAGAUCACAAGUAUCUGAACAAGGACAUGUAAACAGUCAGCAACUAGAAAGAAUUCAGAGAAUGGAGCUUUUAUUGGAUGAAUCCAUUGAAACAUUUGUGCAGAAGAUGGUUCUUGAACAAAACUAUGCUUCUUUACAUAGGGAGAUGGAAGAAGAGAUUCAUCGGCUGGAGUCACAAUUAGACCAGUCAAAGAGCUAUUUGGCUGAUUUGUUGAGUCAGACUCAGGACAAGGACCAGGCUAUUGAGAAGCUGAAAAAUGAAGAGUUCACUAUUUUGUUAAGAUUGAUGUCAGAAAUUGUGAAGGCAAAUGGUAUUAUACGUGAGCUUGGAGUCGGACUCAAUACAUUGCAGUCAAGCCUUUCUAUCAGCCCAGAAGAGACCACUUGUCAGAAUUCAGACUUGAAAUUGGAGGAUCGGGUUGACCUUAGGGAACCUGAAGCCUUCCAACCUGUGGACCAGCAAAAUGUUGAGGUUCUUUGCCAACUCAGUAAAGAAAUGGAGUUUACAGUUCUAGGAAUGAAGAUGAUGCAGUCUCAAAUGACUAAAUGUCUGCAAGAAAAAGAAAAUUUGAAAGAGAGUCAAAGAACAAUUAAAGACCUAAGGGGUGAGGUCUUCAAAUUGAAUGCAGAGAUGAUUGAAAAAGAAAGAUAUUAUGAAGGUAGAUUGAAAGAGCUGGAGGUAAAGAUACUAGGAAAUGAUGCAUCACUUAUUUCUUGGAAUGAGGAAAAAGAGGCACUCGAGCAUGAGGUUUCGGAGGCAAAACUUCUUAUGGCCCAGAAAUCUUUUGAGUCUGCUACACUUAUUGCCAAGUUUGAAGAAGCGCAAGCAACUAUAAGUGAUGCAGAUUCUACAGUGAAGGCGCUGGUUGAAGCGAAUGAAAAGGCAAAACACCAAGCAGAAAGGUAUCAGGAAAAGGAAGCUUUGUUUAUUGCUGAAAAGGAUAUCAUGCUAAGUGAAAUUAGCAGAUUGAAGAUGCUGCUGGAAGCUAGGAUAUUGCUUAUGGAAAGGAAAUUCCAAUCAGGCUUGCUUGAAGCAAAUGAGAUAGUUCUUGAGCUGGAAGCUAGCAUUAGACUUUUACAGAAUUUAUUAAUAGAGAAGCUUGAGUUUGUUUCUUCGGAUGUUGAAUGGAUGAAGGAAAAGCUUCAGCAAUUUGCAGAGCUGGCCAGGACAUGGUUGGAGGAGAAUUGGUUGGAGAUAAUUGGAAAAGAUUGUGCUAUUUCCGUGUUGCAUCUCUGUCACAUGGGGAUUCUUUUGGAGAGAAUCACUGGGCUGAAUGCAGAAAAUGAUUUCCUUCAAUGUGGGCUCUGUGAAUCUAAUUCUUUGAUAUCUAAAUUGCGGGAGCAUAAUGACAAAGCCAAGAAUGAACUGGAAAUGUGUAGUGUUCUCAAAGGAAAAUUAUUACUUGAUAUCAACAACAGUUUCAGUCGUAUUGCAAAAAAGGAACAUGAAGCAACCAAAUUGAACACAAGGUUAGAUUCAUUUGAGAAGAAGAUUCUGAAUUUGCAAGCACAAGAAGAAGCAAUGGUGGCACGGUCAAAUUCCAUGUAUAGUGAGCUCUCCAUUUUGAUUGAAGAUAUUGAUGCUACAAACAGGAGUGCCUUGGCAGCUGAAUCCAAAGAAAAGGAAGAACUGCGCUACCAACUGGAUGAAGCUUUGGUUCUCAAAGGAAUGUUGAAGGACAAAAUGCUUACAGAAUUGAAUCUGAUCCAAAUGAAUAGUUCCAUACCUUUUGUUGACAUUAAAGGUUGCAGUGAAUUCGAGUUGUGCCAUUGGCUUGCAGAUUAUCGAAGUGAUUUGGUGAUGACAAAUAUGAUUGCAAAAGACAUUGAGUCUACUGUUUUGGCUUCAGAACUGAAGCAACACAAACUACAUCUACAAGAACAAAAAGUUUUAUUUACAAACGUCCUUGAUGGACUGAUGGAAGAAUCAACUUUGUGGAAAGUGGACCAGGAUUUGGAAAAUGUUGCAAUAUGCAUUUUACAUGAGGAGAACAAUUCCAUUAGGGCUGAUUUGGAGAACCUGAAGCAAAUUAGUGAAGAAGCUAUGGAAAAUCUGCACGCCAUGAAUGAGGAAAACGUAAAACUUAAUUGUUUAAUUCCCUCCUUGGAAUCUAGCAUCAUAUCUUUUCAAACAAAUUUAGAUGCAAAAAACAAAGCUUUGGAGGAGUUGGAAUCCUCCCAUGCAACCAUAUGUAGAGAGCUGGAACAGAAAACCGAAGCCAUUAAUCUGAGCACUACAAGAGAAAAUUGUUUCAGCUCUGAGAAUGAAAUGUUGAAGCAGGAAAUUUUGAAUAUUUUGUGCAAGGAACAGCGCAUAUCCCAAUUGAUGGCUAACAUUGAGGCUGAUAAGUCAUUUGUCAACAUUGAAAGCCGCUUGCAACUUAUUACCGAUCAAAUAUACAAUUACAUUAAUGAGCAAAUAAACAUGGUGAGCAAGUUAUCCAACGAAAUAGACAUCAUUCAGGUAUCAGCUGAGGAGUUAUGUACCCAGAAUUCUCUUCUCCAGUCUGAAUUAGUAAGGAAAGAUGAAUUGGCAAAGGGUUUAUCAUUUGAUCUUAGCCUAUUACAAGAGUCUUCAUCUGUAGCAAAAGAUCAAGCUGCUGAGGUUAUGGAGUUGAGAAAAGCAAUAGAAUCUUUGCAGCAAGAUCUUGCAUCUAAAUCACUUGAAGUUGAUGACGUAAUCUCUGAUAGGCAACAAUUAGAAGCUAGAAUCUUGAUGAGUAAUAACAAGGUUGCCGUCCUAGAGGAGGAACUGGCAAAAAAGCUUGAUGAGCUAAACGCUGUUUCUAUGGAGAAUGCUGAACUGAAAUCAGAGGUCCAGCAUAUUGAAGAGCUUAGUUAUGCUAUGGAGGAGUUAACUGAUAAAAGAGAAGCCAUUGGAAGACUUGAAGAAGAGUUAGUUGAGUUGAGAGGGUUCAUUGAUGAGAGGAAUAUCUGUCUUCAUAGUUUGCAAAAUGACUUCUCCAAACUCUCAGAUGAAAAGCAAUGCUGUGACACUCAGUUGCUUAUCUUGAAAGAGAAGCUGGAGAUGGCUCAGGCACUUGCUGAAGAAAGUGAAGCAAUUGCUACUGAAUCUCGGCAGAUAGCGGAGGAACAGAAGGCAUAUGCUGAAGGGAAGGAUGAAGAAGUCAAGCUCUUGGAGAGGUCCAUUGAAGAACUUGAGAAUACUGUGUGUGCUUUGGAAAGCAAAGUUGACAUAGUCAAGGAAGAAGCAGAGAGGCAAAGAAUGCAGCGAGAAGAACUAGAAGUGGAGCUGCAGAAAGUUAGGCUACAAAUCCUUACUGUGCCACCCUCUGGAAAAUCUAAGAGUUAUAUGGAAGAUGGAAUGGUUGAUUUAGCUGACUUGUCCAGACACUCGACAGAUAUUCAUAAUGAUCUCCUCUGUGCUCAGGAGAGUAUCAAAAUACUUGAGAAGGAGGUUUCUGAAAAGGAGUCAGAGAUUGCUCAGUGCAAGGCACAUAUCUCAGAGUUAAAUAUUCAUGCUGAGGCAGCAGCACGAGAAUACAAGCAGAAGUUGAUGGAGCUGGAGGCCAUGGCACAACAGGUUAAGACCGACAAUUCCUCGGCACAUGCCUGUUCCACAAGACAAGAGAAGAUUAGCUCAAAACCUCGGGGUUCAGGUUCUCCAUUUAAAUGUAUUGGCAUUGGCUUUGUACAGCAAAUGAAUUCUGAGAAAGAUGAAGAGCUAAGUGCUGCAAAGAAACGUAUUGUGGAACUUGAAGGUAUAGCAGCUAGCCGACAAAGGGAGAUAUUCAUGCUGAACGCGAAAUUAGCUACAACUGAGAGCAUGACACACGAUGUGAUUCGUGACAUGCUUGGGGUUAAAAUGAACAUGACAACUUGGGCGGCGCUAGCUGACAACCAGAAAAAGAUGGAGCCAACUGAGUUGGUCAUUCCUCAAGCACAGGAAAUUAAAGAGCAGUCCAAUGAGCUGAUGAAGUUGAAGAAGCAGCUUGAUGAAUUCAUUGAAGAGAGACAGAGUUGGCUUGACGAAAUAAAUCAGAAACAAUCAGAACUUGGAGCUGCCCGCAUUAAUAUUGAGAAAUUACGACAACGAGAACACUUUAUGGUCGCGGAAAUAGAGUUGCUAAAGGCUGAGAAUACGAACUACAAAACCAUCAUUCUUAAUCUUGAAGAUGAAGUGAAGAAGCUUACCAGACAACAGAAUCUUCAGCUUCGAAUCAAUCAUCAUGUCAAAACAAAGGAAGAGAAUAUCCUGCUGAAAAGGCAGAAUGAAGAGCUAAGUGCAAAGCUGCAACAGCUAGGUUCCAUCCUUACCCGAACAAAGGAAGAGCUUGCGCGCUACAGGGUUUCAAAUGGGAAAGAUCCGUAUGAGCAGAUCGAAGAGGAAGGGCUCUUGAGGAAGAAAUUAGAUGAAAGCGAACAAGACAGAAGCAAACUGGCAGAAAAUCUGUCAAGUUUAUGCACUAGCAUUCUAAAGGUAGCUGGAGUUGUAAACCCUGAAUCAAAUGCGAGUCUUCUGAAAGCUCUGGAAUGCUUAAAUCAGCUCCAGUGCCGUAUUCCAUCUUUCGAAAGUGAAGUUGAGGACCUAAAGUUGAAGUGCAAACUGUUGCGAGAAAAAGCCCGGCUAUCUGAGCUCCAGAGCGACUCAUCGUCUUUGAGAUCUGGGGCAAAGGACGGAUCAACAUCACCGGGUCUGAGCAGAUCUCCAAGUAUUUCCUCAUUCCGGUGACACGGCAGGGCCGAUACGGGCAAAACCAAGUGUACAUAACACAUUGUCUGUAACUAUAGUUAGUCGUCAGCUAACAGCAAACCUGCAGGUCGCACGCAUCCCCUACCCCUAGUACAGCCGAACUGGUAGUAGCGAGGAUUAGGGUUCGUUUUGGUUCAACAAAUCUUCCUCUGCUGAAGUGCUGAUGUUUUAUCUGCUGACUUAUCUGUUAUGUUUGUAUGUAUUCAAUGAAAUUCCAAUUGCAAAGGAAAUUUUGUUUGCCUUA